AUAGGCCUAUUCUUCUCAUAGAAAGCCAUUGAUAUACAAGCUGGAUAUUGCAUCUGCACUUGCACUGAGAUACUUUGAUGACAUAAUUAUCUAUUCUGCUAUAGUAUACAUUGAUGACAUAAUUGUAUAUUGCGUUGCAGUCAACAUCUGAAAGGUAAGCCACUUCGGUGAAGGAUGGAUAUUGAAGACAUUGCUCCUACAUGUAUUGUAUUUUGCUAAGGGCUUACCUCAGGUCAUCAUGAAUAGAUAAAGAAUAAAUUAAUAGUGCGAUGUGUUUUUCAAGAUAAUCUGAAGACUUUUGUUGCUGGUGUGAGGUAAACUAGUUUGGUGACAUUGACAUGAGCUAUCUUGAACAUAGAAACGAGAUGAGUCAUUUUGAUUUGAAAAAAAUGAGGUCAUUUAUUUAUUCAUGUAGCUCGAGUUCACUUUUGAUGAAGACUUGACAUGCAUCCCACCAUACCCACACUGUCCAUCCUCUCAGUGCUGAGCUGUGUGGCAAGUGAUAACAUUGACACAGUGACAGGAUACGUGGGACACACUGCUGACAUCAAGUGUCCAUACGGGGAGGCUCACAAGGCCAAAUCGAAGUACCUUCAGAAGGGACUUGACACAACUGAUAAUAGUAAAAGUAGCAAUAGUAUUACUAGUGGUAGUAAAUUGGUCGAGUCUGUUGAAGAUGAAGAGUGGACCCACAGAGGGAGAGUAUCUCUGCAGGACCAGAAGAACUUCAACACCUUCACCGUAACCAUCCACAACCUGACGCUACAGGAUGCUGGGGUAUAUGCGUGUGGCGUUCAAGGAAUGUUUGGAGACAUCAGCAUCCUCACAGUGAUUGUAAAAAUAGCACAGCGCCUGGCCUGA